GCCACUCCGGCCCUGCUGGGGGCGGUAGAGCAGAAUGAAGCCAGUGAAGAAGGACUGAGUCCCAUGGAAACCACCGUGUUGCUGUGAUCCAAACACAGUCAGACAGACAACACUCCCACUGACAGUGACAUGAACAACAGUCCGACAGGAGCAGGUGCACUAUAGCACAGUGAUUUUACCGGAUGACGUCUAAGUCAAAGGCCCAGUGGUCCCCGCUGCCACAGACAGAGAUCCUUGUGUACUGGGUUCUUUCCAUUGGCUCACACAUCUACUCCUUCUACCAACUGCACAGGUUCUCCAAAGAGCAUGAAGCAGGGCUGGCAAGAGAAUUCCAGCUGGAAAAAGGCCUACUUAAAGGUUUUAAAAGGGACCCAUCAGACUUUGAGUGGAGCUUCUGGACUCAAUGGGCCAAGAAGUCCUUACUGUGGACUCUGACUGGUCAUGGCAUCUUAUCCAGAUUCACCAGCAGCUUUUACCCAAAGCUUAGGGUUCCAGCGUUAACAAUAUACGGCCUCAUAGCAGCCAGCGGCGUGUUGGGGGUUAAAGGUGUGAGUGUGCUGCUGGUGCAUCUGGGUCUGACCUUCUCCGUGGCCCUGCUGCGAAAGCCCGCUCUGUCGUGGGGAUGUAACCUGCUGCUGCUCUCCACCCUUCACAUCCAGCCACUUCAAGAGAUCCAGAGAGGCUGGUACGAGACUGAGGAGGAGUACUAUCUGCUGCUCUUCAGCGUUGCUGUCUGUGGUCUGCGCUUCAUCAGCUUCAGCCUGGAGCACUGCUGGUGCCCCGCAGGCCGCGGGGGAGUGGUGCAGCUCUGCUGGCUGUUCUCAUACACCUUCUAUCAUCCCUUUUUCUACAAUGGACCCAUCGUCACGUACAAAGACUACACCGAGCAGAUGCAGAGACCGGCCGAGCAGAGCGACAGGGACGGAUCUGCUCUGAGAUACUUGGUGCUCCGAUCGGGACGGAUCGUACUGUGGUGGUGCGUCGCAGAAUACAUGAUCCACGUUAUGUACAUGCACUCCAUCCAGUCUAACGAGACCUACUUAGAAAUGAUUCCUCCUUGGGCCUUGGGCGGUCUGGCUUUGGCCCUUGUCCAGUUCUUCUAUGUGAAGUAUCUGGUGCUCUUCGGCCUUCCAUCCAUGCUCGCUACUUUGGAUAAACUGGUUCCCCCAAAGCUUCCAUCUUGUGUCAGCAUCAUGCACAGUUUCACGGGGAUGUGGAGGCACUUCGACGAGGGGCUGUACCGAUGGCUCAUCAGAUACAUCUAUGUGCCGCUGGGAGGUGCACGACACGGCCCUCUGUCUCAGAUCCUAUCCACUGGUCUUGCGUUCGGAUUCGUCUGCGUCUGGCACGGGGGCCGGGACUACCUGCAGUACUGGGCCCUGAUGAACUGGGCCGGAGUUCUGGUGGAGAACGGAGUCAAGUCGCUCUUUGCUUCGUCCUCUAUUCACUCCGUUGUUGAGCAGUAUUUCUCUGCAGCGAUGAGAAGGCGCUCGGUCGCUCUCCUCUCUGCCUUCUCCACUGCGAUGCUCAUCCUCUCUAAUCUGGUGUUCCUCGGGGGGGGACACGUUGGCAGAAUCUUCUGGAAGCGUGUCGUCAUACAAGGCUGGUCGACCGUGGCCCCCCCGAUGCUCGCCUUCCUCUACUGCUUCGCUCACAUUGGACUGGAGUGGACUUCUCAGCCGCCAUGAGUCUCCUUGACUUUGAAUGGCAGCGGGAGCGUCUGAGCGACCGGACAAAGCC